GAAGAGGGGGGGACGACGACGACAGGCGGCUUCCGGCGUGAGGAUGCGGGGGGCGGCGGGGCGCCGGUAGCGGGGCGCCGCCACGGUGGGCGCCGGGAGGCUGCGCUGAGCCGCUUGCCGCCCGCAGAAGAUGUUGGUGUACUUGUGGGGGUUCCUGUACAGCAAGUACCUGCGUUUUUGGCUGAAGUGGAUCUUGCGGCUGCUGACUCAGAAAUGCGAACUGCAGCGCGUCUUUGACGGCUUGAAGGCAGGGGCGCGGCGGACGCUGAGCAUAGAACAUUCACUGGCAUCAUCAAAGAAUAAGGUUUUAAGAAAUGCUGUACAUGUUGAGGAAGGUGAAGUUGAGAAGUGUGUCAGAGAUGUCAUGAAAGAAAAGAAAAUUGCACAGAAGGAUACGGGGUUUAAGACAAAUCUGCGUAUCUCCUUACUGCAGAUAUCAGGUUAUAAAAAACUUUAUUUGAAUGUGGAAAGUCUGAGGAAGGUCCCGUAUGAUUCGGAUAACAAAGAACACGAGGAACAGUUAAUUGAGCUUUGGAAUUUGCUGAUGCCUCAUGAGAAUCUGAAGGCCAGAAUCACCAAGCAGUGGUGUGACAUCGGCUUCCAAGGUGAUGACCCCAAAACAGACUUCAGAGGAAUGGGCCUGCUGGGAUUAGUUAAUCUGGUGUAUUUUAGUAAGCAUUACACCAACGAAGCUCGUCAGAUCCUCUCUCGUUCAAAUCACCCAAAGCUGGGAUAUUCUUACGCAAUAGUUGGAAUCAAUCUGACAGAGAUGGCAUACAGCUUACUUAAGAACGGUGCUUUAAAGUCUCAUCUGUACAACAUGGUCUCUGGAUCACCGCAGAUGGAACACUUCCAUCAGUUUUACUGUUAUUUGGUUUAUGAGUUUGACAAGUUCUGGUUUGAAGAAGAACCAGAAAGCAUUAUGCACUUCAACCAGUACAGAGAGAAAUUCCAUGAAAAAAUUAAGAGACUUCUGCUGCGUUGUGAUGUGAUACUAACCUUGCAAAAUAAAAAGAACCCUUAACUCCUCUGCAGUCUAUGAGGUUCUGCAUCAAAAAUGGAAUCAUGCAUUUGGAUGGAAGUUUUGCAUGUUUCACCAAAAACUGUUUAACGAUAGAACUUUUUCUUUUUUUUUUUUUUUACAUUUUUUUAAAAAAUAAUCAAAAUUCAGUUAAGAAAGCUUGGACAAUCAACCUCUGUUUACAGGUCUUUAUAUGCUAUUCUCCAAAGGACAGCUUUUAAAAAAAAACAACAAACCAACAAAACAAACAAAAACCAACCAACAAACCAACACAAAAAACAACCCACAAAUCUCAAGAGCCUCUGGAUCACUUGCUUUCACAAUUUCUUUUAUACCUCUUGGUGCAGGAACAUGAAGCAGGUAUUUAUGCUGCAUCGUGUUUUCCAUGAAUACGUUUAACUGUUAAUUGUCUUUUAAAAAACCUCUUUUAGUUGAAAUUACUCUGGUUUUAGACUUUUUGUGUUCUUGUUCUGUACGUGUAGUUGAUUGCUCAGUCUAUGUUGAAGUUCUCUGUGAUGAAGAGGCCCAUGAAAGGCAUGUAUUAGUUGCUUGUGAUUUUGGAGAAGAGGCUUAAUCUGUCAACACACUAACAUACUUACUAGAAGCUACUUCUAGCUAAGGAAAUUUUUUUAUCUAUGGAUUUGUACCAGCAAAUUUCUAUGCUUGGAAAAAACUCAGUUUGCUAACAAACAAAAAGAACCAGAAAUCAUCAGUGUGAGGAUCAGAUCCUCAGACUAAAGCUACUCCUUCUAAAAAAUAUUUCUACUGUAAAAGUCUUCAUAUAUUUCUAAUCUGACCUCAGCUGCUUGACUUAGAUACUGUAUCUGUUAUCAGCUCUGUCUUUUAGCAGCUAAUGGGGUAUUCUCAGUAGGAAGUACAAGAGAGUUAGCUUAGCCCUUUGGUAAAGUUCACUCAUUAAAAACUAUCUUUGCAGCUGCAGUCCCUAUUUUGUGAAAAUAAAUUCACACCUGAGUACAAGUCUCUAACAAAGAUGUAUUUUCCACAGAAGGGAUGCAACUGUGACACAUUCCUUAAUCUUGGCAUCCUCAGACAAUCUAGUCAAUAGGACUUCAUAUCUAUAUUGUGACUAAUUAUUGCUUAAAGCAACUUUAAACAGAUUUGGUAUGACCAUCACUUCUUUUUUCUAAAAUCUACUAUUAAAUAAGUGCCUUCUGCUUUAUUCAAUCAGUUUUUUAUUUUGAUUCUGUAACCAGAUCAUAGCCUUAGAAGCUUGAGUUACUUGGGAAAGGUUCUUUCAGUAUAUACCUAAAUAGCACACAGUGGCACAAAAUUUGUACACUAACAGAAGCUUUCAUGCCUCUUUUUUUUUUUUUUUUUUCUUUAAAAUCAUCUCAGGUAAAUUAGUUAACUUCUGGACCUGAUGUCCCUGAGCCUCAAGCACCUCAGGAUACCAUUUAGGUUUCCCUCUUGGUAGAGGGAAGGGGGGGGAUUGUUGCUCUGUUUUAACUGUUACUAUGAGAGUGUGGGAGCAACUUCCUGGAGAGUAGAAAUAUUAAACAUGAGAAGAAAAAAAAAAAAACAAACACAACCCCCUUUUUGUAAUGAGUGAGGUUACACUACAUAAGUAUUAAAUGUAUUAUUACAGUAUGUAAUACUACAUCUCCUUGGAGAUAAUCAAAACCCAACUGGACAUAGUCCUAAGCAGCCUGCUUUAGGUGACCCUGCCUUGGGCAGGGGGUUGGACUAGUUGAUCCCCAGAGGUGCCUUCCCACCUCGGUAAUUCUGUGAGUCUGUAUUGUGUAAUUAGUGACUUCUUGCACUGCAUCCACCCAAUUCCUCUUGAUCCCUUAAAUGUUGGUGAUCUCGUAUUUGUGAGAAAGCUCCUGAUCAGGGUAGACAGUAUAUAUGUAGGAGGUAGCAGACUUGUGUUUUCUCUUUAGGUAUAGAUGAGAGUUAAACAUUUCUUAAGUUUAACACGUGCAGGGUGGAGAAGGGUUUGUCUCAUCUGUGUGGGGUUGAUGCUAAUCUCCUAAAAACAAAGCAAUGUGAAGAUGUUUUAGGGAGUAUUUACGGUUAUGCUGUGGCUUGUGAGCUGAACAGCUGAACUGACUAAACUGGACAAAAAACUGACCACAGGAAGCCUAGUUCUUUUGCUACUCCCAGGUCCUGUAAUUCUCACCAGUGAGAAAGCUGAGAUGCUGUAGAGAAUGUUCUGAGAUGCAGGUCCUGCAGCAGGGUUCCGUUUCUCUGACCCUUGUAGAUACUGGACAUUACUAAAAUCUGAGGAAGGAAGUGGAAAGCAUACUCUUUCCCAGCGGCUGAGAGGUUUUCUGUUACUUUCUAGCCCCAGCUUCUGUCAUUUCCAUCUUCCUUCAUCAAUAAUUUUUGCUAUUGCUUAUAGAUCUCCUUUGCAAGCAACAGGAGACUGGGUUAUUUGAAUUUCAGAAGUGACCCUAAUGUGUUUAGCAGCAGGAGGAAAGGAGAUCCCAUUCUUUAUUUUCAUCUGCUGCUCGCUAGCAAGUAACAAAAUUGUUUGAGCCACCUCUUUAGAACACUCCCCUGGGCUAGAGUCUGCAGCUCAUUAGCAGCUUGAUUAGUUUUUUUUUUUAAAAAGAAAUAAUCAAGGUGUGAGCUGGGAGCAAACUGUGGCAGUGUAUAAGGGAAAAAAGUAAACCCAGCCUUCAUCAGAUGAGUGAGAUAUAAGGGAACACAUUAGUUUGCAUGUAGUAAUUAAUUAAGGUGGAUGUUUACAUUAGGCUCCAAUACCCCCUCCUAGUAAACAGAAUUUGCAUGUAGUUUUGUAUGAUCAAGUAGCCCAGUCCUUCUGUCGAGGAGUCACUCACUCUAUGUAGACUAGUACUGGGUGUCCCUGUUUUGCACCAGCCGUAGGGUAAUUGUAUUAUGGUAGUAGCUAGAAAAUAUAUGGGAAAAGGUAAAUUUGUGUUUUGGGAAGGGAAGAAGUGUGUUUUACUAGUCAGCGGUAUUUCAUAGGAACUCUGUUGUAGGGUGACAGCCCUGAGGCUAUGGAAGAGUCAAAAUGGAGGUAGGGCACCUUUCUGCAAGUUGAUACGAUCAAUUUGUUUACCAUCAGAAUUUGUUGCUCGUGGUGUAUUCCAAGAGUUUUAAAACCUUGGUAAAUUCUCUUGUUGUUAUUUAUUAACUGUCAUUUUUAAAGUAUGUAUUACUGGAAUUUGCAGGUACUGUUAGUUUUCUAACUUGCUGCCUCUUUAAAGCUUUCACUGAGUGAAAGCUUACAUGCAAUAGUAAUUUUAGAAAAAAUCUGAAGACAACAAGGUGGUUCUCUAAAUUUGUUGUUGUUCAUGUAGCAACUGUUUAACAAACUACCUCCACUUUUGUUGUUUAGUAUAUGCUUGAAACACGGUACCACUACAUGAACAAAUUAAUCUAAAUAGAAGUUUACCACAAGCAAAAGUAAAAUUCUAGUCUUUCAAUAAGUAAACACGUUGCUUCUUAAGUAACCAACUUGAUUGGAAAGCGAUUUGAAGAGAGUGCUGCUUAGGAAGGACGAUUUUAAACUGGUUGUGCUUCUGUCAUCUGAUACAGCAGUGUAAAGAACAGGGCAUUUUCUCCUAAAGGACAACAGGAAAAGGGGCCAAUUUAAGCACCUCAGAUAAAUAGUUUGGGAUUUUCACUCUUUGAAAAGCAAAACAAAACAAAAAAAGGCAAACAAAAAAUUAAUUUUACACACAAAUCCCCAAGCAUUCAUUUUCCAGAUUUUCUAUCCUCGUUUAAAUAACAAACAUUUAAAAAAAAAAAAAAAAGUUGCUUAGCCUUGUUUUAAGAAUUACCGUGAUGAAAAAGUUUGUAUUUAGUUAGGUGGGAGUUCAGCAGCCAGUAUUCUUGAAAAUACUGCUAGUGAACGCGUAGUAAAGACGUAACCUGGUGUUUCUUUCUGUCACACUUGUUUUGUGUUGCUGUAGUGCAAUGGUGAUCGACCUUUGGACCGAUGUUUCGUGUGUCAGUCUAUAUAUUGUCUUUCUCUAGGGAAGAAAAAAAACCAGCCCACAACAGCUUGGGGGCAGUUUCUUCUUACCACACUGUGCUUAGGUAGCUGCAUACUAAUAGAAAUUUCUGUUUACCACAAUAUAAAAGCAAUAAUGUAAACUGUGAUGUCUGUGUAGUGGAAAGAGAUGUUUACAAUGGUAGCAAAUAAACGAGUUAUUCCAAAAUACUGUCAA